UUUUCUUUAUUCAUAGAUUAUGCUCAGUUGAAUUCCAAUCUCCUCUUUAACUCUCUAUAUAAUCUCCUCUCUUAUCAAAUCUUAGCCAUAUUUUCUAACUUCCAUCUUAAUCAAAAUACCCGUACUCUUCUUCUUCUUCUUCUUCUUCUUUGUAAAACCCUGAAUUAUAUUCGAAUUAUAUAGAAAUGGAAGCUCACAUGGGAGUUUUUAGUUCUUCAACUUAUGAUCAACAAAGUGAAGAGGAGAUGGACGUGAGAAAAGGGCCAUGGACUGUUGAAGAGGACUCCUUGCUUAUGAAUUACGUUACCAUUCAUGGUGAAGGUCGUUGGAACUCUGUAGCUCGCUGUGCAGGACUAAAACGAACGGGAAAAAGCUGCAGGCUAAGGUGGUUAAAUUACUUGCGCCCAGAUGUUCGAAGAGGAAACAUCAGUCUUCAGGAACAACUAAUGAUUCUUGAACUCCACUCCCGCUGGGGAAAUAGGUGGUCAAAAAUAGCACAGCACUUGCCGGGAAGAACAGACAAUGAGAUAAAAAACUACUGGAGAACAAGAGUUCAAAAGCAGGCAAAGCAGCUCAAAUGUGACGUUAACAGUAAGCAAUUUAGAGAUGCCAUGCGUUACGUUUGGAUGCCUCGUUUACUUGAGCGGAUCCAAGCAACAACCCAUUCAUCAACGGGUCAACCCACUUCCAACGUAACCACCACCACGACGGAAAGUACAAGUACUCAUGCAGACAUAUACACAAGUCAAGUUUAUAAUUCGACUGAAUCGGGGUCGGAACCAAGUUUCAUGCCCGAGUUGUCUGUUGCCUCCUGGGACUCAGUGGAUGCCCACGUAUCUCCUGCCUCGGAUACUAAUCUCGACAAUUCACAAAACUGGUCGGAGUUCUACCCAGAUAACAUGUCUGGCUGUGUCUCUGGGUCAUGGGACUGGUCUAAACCGGGUUUGGAUAUUCACAGUUUCGAGACCCAGAACAACAACGAGUGGUUAGGUGGCGAUGAGUCAUUGGAGAGUUUGUGGAAUGAUGAGAAUGUCUGGUUCUAGCGACAGCAGCUAUAUGACUAAGAUCAGAGAUGAUUUUGUUUACGUAACGCAUCAAAGUUAUUGAAACAAUUUCUGAUUUAAUGAGAUACUUAGUUCCUAGUGAUAUUACGGCUAACACAGCAUAAUUGACAACUUUGAUGUACAGAUAAUUUUGUUUAUUAUAAUAAUAAAAAGGUUGGAAUCU